UCCAGGCUUGACUCAUCCCCCACCUCACUGGGGCUGAGGUCCCAGCUCCGUAACAGAAAUCAUCACCGCUUCAGCCCAGCACAGCAGAGAACAGCCUAGCCCAGAACUCUCCUCUUUCCCUCCACCAUGGAGUACCUCUCUGCCCUGAAUCCCAGUGGCCUACUCAGGUCAGUAUCCAAUAUGAGCUCUGAGUUUGGCCGUAGAGUCUGGACCUCAGCUUCACCACCCCCGAGACCUUUCCGUGUCUGUGAUCACAAGCGGACCAACCGGAAAGGUCUGACAGCUGCCACCCGAGAGGAGCUGCUAGACAAGGCACUGGAGGCCUUGCUGCUGAGUGGAGCGCUAACCCUGGUGCUGGAGGAGGAUGGGACCGCCGUGGAGAGCGAAGACUUCUUCCAGUUGUUGGAGGAUGACACGUGCCUGAUGGUGCUGGAGUGUGGACAGAGCUGGAGUCCCAACAGGAGUGGGGUGCUGUCAUAUGGCCUGGGCCGGGAGAAGCCCAAGCACAGCAAGGACAUCGCCCGCAUCACCUUUGACGUGUACAAGCAAAACCCUCGAGACCUCUUUGGGAGCCUGAACAUCAAGGCCACAUUCUAUGGGCUCUACUCCAUGAGUUGUGACAUUCAAGGACUCGGCCCAAAGAAAGUACUCAGGGAGCUCCUCCGAUGGACCUCCACACUGCUGCAAGGCCUGGGCCAUGCGUUGCUGGGAAUUGCCUCUACCCUUCGCCAUGUAGUGGAAGGGGCUGGGCAGUGGCAGCAGCAAGGUCGCCUUCAUCCCUACUGAGAAGGGGCUUGGAGCUUCUGCCCCUAGACUCAUCCCAACAGACAGCUAUAGGGACUGUGACAUUAGGCCCGGGGACCUGCAGAUAGUGCAGACUAGGUAACUCCACUGGUUUCCCCGCUGUCCUCUGCCCUGUCAGCAUAAUGCCUCACACCGCUAGCCUAGCCCCAUUCCUAGCCAUCUUCUCAGCCUCCCACCUACCCCGAAAGGCCACAAGCUUGUCCCAGACAUCUUCAUGCCACCCUGACUGCUGCGGCCUCUAGAUGUUCACACAGCUCCCCUCCCUGCGCUCCCACUUCGGUGAAGACAGUCAGCCGUCUUGGACUGUACUCUGAGAUCUCUGUUUUCUCAUACCCUUCCCAAGAAUAACAAAGGCAUUACCAAUAAAAAUAUAAAAAUGUUUACCG